AUGAAGGCCGAAUUAUUCACAGUGCAGUUAUUAGAUUUUCCAUUAAGCACGAACAAAAACGGUACUGAAAUUCAAAGUCGCGAUGUAUACAUUUUCCCCUUUCGCCGACACAAUCACGUUUUAAAUUUAUAUGGACCACUUAUCAAGUCCAACGCCAAUUGCACAUUGCGAGUAUUGGACAAAUUGGACAAUGUAAUGGCUUGGAGACAUGUUCCCAUUAGCGAAGCCAACCGCUGUUUUUGUGUGUGGAUUUGUGAAUGCGCUUGUACGACCAUUGAAGAUCAAUUAUUUGCAUCUAAUUGUAAAACGAUGUCACAUGAAGCUUUUAAUGGUGCUGGCUUUCGAGGAGCUAUUAUGCCUCAAAUAUGUACUUCAGAUUCUAUUUCCAUAUUGAGCAUAAUCAAGUUAACAUGUAUUUUUGUAUCAACAUUUUUCAUCAUAAGGUUUUUUAUUGGUACAACCGAAGUAAAUGAUUACGAAUAA